UCUUGCACCAGUCAUAAACGACCGUUCGGUCUCAUUGUGGCUGAACGCGAUUAAAUAUAUGCUGAAGUCGCGAUGACGACAAUUGUUUAGUCCGUCUACGACCCGGAUGCUUGAUGUUUCAGCGACUUAAAUCUCCGUCUUUCUGAAUUUGCCUACUGGCCAUCUACCAGUCACCUACCAAGACAAUACAGCCCGAAGCCCUGUGCUGAGACUUCUCCACUUAGCAACAUGUCGGCCUCGUCAUCAACCACCUCACUACCACCGAGCUCAAAGUCCUCACUCAGCAAAUUCGUGAGUCUCCCAUUUGGCCUCCAAUGGCGAACGGCUGCUCUUCGUGCCCAACGUCUAGUACCCAGCCAAGUCACUUAUUUGACGUCUCCCCUGGGUCCACAUCCGAUCACCACUGAGUUGCCAUCGCGAGGCACACACAAGAUACCUGUAUGGAUCUUCAUACCCCCCAAGGCAAAAGAAACCAAAGAAAUGAACGCCAAGAGCAAGGAGAAUACCAAAGCCGACGAAAGCGCUUCUCAAUCGGGUCCAACGCGCCCAAUACCUGAUCGCAAGGACACUAAGAAGGCCAAGAAACCUCUCAGAGAGUUGGGGGUCAACCUUGAUUUUCAUGGAGGAGGCUUCACGACCGGCGCGUGUACAGAACAGGCUCCAUUCUGUGCCCUGCUUGCUCGCGAAACAGGACGAAUCAUCAUCACGGUAGACUACAGGCUUGGUCCGAUUGACAAGUAUCCCGCCGCAGUCGAGGAUGCCGAGGAUGUAUUACGCGCAAUUCUCGACCAGGAGUAUGAAGAGUUCACAUCGCUCCCGAAACCACAAAGAAAGGCUGCACAAGCUCUACGCCACGAAUUGACGAAAGAGAAGGUAUCGAUCGACCGGUCGAAGCUGAGCAUAAGCGGGUUCUCCUCCGGUGGUAAUCUGGCACUCGGUCUGGCAGUCCCAGAUUCGCUGCUCACGAAUCGACUUCCUGAAGGGCAGAAAGUACCUCUGUUGUUGUUCUACCCCAGUCUGGACGCUCGACUGCUACCACACGAACGUCCGUUGCCACCAACGAUGCCUGUGCGCCAAGAAUCUACCAGCAGCGUUCUGACUUUAACUACGAGCCUGAUGAGCGGUAUGUCCGAAAGCUAUCUCCCGGCAGCCAACAGAGGCGAAAUCAAAGCCUCACCUGGCCUGGCCGAUCCAGACUCAGUAUACAAGUAUGCACAAAUACUACUCGUCAACGCCGAGUGGGACUCGCUAGCACUGCAAGGUCGUGAAUGGGCUGAGAAGAUGCGCGCGAAGGGAUGGACUGAAGACAGGCUGGAGAUGUGGGAGUCGACGCAGGUGAAACACGGCUGGACACAGUUUCCGCAAAGCUGGCUUGUUGAGGGAGAGGUUGUCGAGCGUGACAAGGUGUUCAAGAGAUGCAUCGAGGUGUUGAAUGAUGGGAGCGUGCACUCGACCGCACAAACGGCGAAUAAACCUGAUGCGGAGACUGCGGCUUUUGCGAAAACGCAGGCUGAGUGAAGAGUCAAAUGGCAAGCUGGCGUUUGGGUGAUGCUAGAACGGUACACGAUGUAUAUAAGUAUAAUUCUAAUACUAACUGAUGUUACGACAGUCUGAAAUUAUGAAUGUUAU